AUGGAGAACUCUACACAAAUACAAAAAGACACUCAAAGGGGGCCUGAGCGCCAAACCGCACCUUCAUCCGCCAAAUUCCCCGCCCUCCUCUUCGUCUACGGCUCUCUCAUGGACACCGACGUUAUCCAAGCAGUCCUCCGUAUCCCCAAACCUCCACCACUCCGGUCCGCCGUCCUGAGCGACUACAAAAUGAAGAUGUGGAGAAUCUACCCGACCUUGAUCCCGCAUGAGGGCACACAGGUCACGGGCAAAGUGUUCAUGGUCGAUGAUAUCGAUCAAUUCCAGCGGCUGCAAAAGUACGAAACGCGCGCGUACAGUUGGACUGAGUGCGAGGUGGAGCUGGAGGAUGGUACUGUCGCGAGGGAUUGUCGCGUUUUUAUAUGGGCUGGGGAUCCAGACAGUGCGGAUCUGCGGGAUGGAAGCUUUGAUUUGGAAGUAUAUCAAAAGGAAUAUAAACCAGCCUUGUUUGGGCGAGUUUGA